AUCUGGAUCAUGUGAUCCAAUAUGUUCUGUUGAUGAAACAAGUUCACGUGAUUUGGAGAGCACUUACCAGCCAAAGACCGAUUUAUUGAAAACUCUUGCAGUUCUUGCAGCUGCAGCAGCAGGCACACUGGCAAUUAACCAAUCCUGGGUUGCUGCCAAUCAGGAUCUUGCCAUGGCAUUGCUUUUUGGAAUAGGAUAUGCAGGUAUAAUCUUUGAGGAGUCUCUAGCCUUCAACAAAAGUGGAGUAGGAUUAUUGAUGGCCGUGAGUUUAUGGAUAGUUCGAAGCAUUGGGGCUCCUUCAACUGACAUUGCUGUUUCAGAGCUGCAACAUGCAUCUGCAGAAGUCAGUGAAAUAGUUUUUUUCUUGCUUGGGGCAAUGACAAUAGUAGAGAUAGUUGAUGCUCAUCAAGGAUUUAAGCUGGUUACUGACAUCAUAACCACUAGAAAACCACGAACUUUACUCUGGGUGGUUGGUUUUGUUACAUUUUUCCUUAGUUCUAUCCUUGACAACCUGACAUCAACAAUAGUCAUGGUUUCUUUGUUGAGAAAACUAGUGCCUCCAUCUGAAUAUCGCAAGAUUCUAGGAGCUGUUGUUGUGAUAGCAGCAAAUGCUGGUGGUGCUUGGACUCCGAUUGGCGAUGUUACCACUACUAUGCUAUGGAUACACGGUCAAAUAUCCACAUUGCCAACAAUGAAGAAUUUAAUUGUACCUUCAGCUGUUUCUCUUGCUGUUCCUCUGGCUCUAAUGUCUCUUACCAGUGAAGUUAAUGGAAAGGGACAGGAUUCUCCCAAUGUUUUGGCAUCUGAACAGAUGGCUCCCCGAGGAAAACUUGUUUUCUCUGUGGGAAUUGGAGCUUUGAUUUUUGUUCCAGUGUUCAAGGCCCUAACGGGUUUGCCUCCAUACAUGGGUAUGCUACUUGGACUGGGUGUCCUUUGGAUUCUGACAGAUGCUAUUCAUUAUGGUGAAUCAGAAAGGCAGAAGUUAAAAGUUCCUCAAGCUUUAUCACGCAUUGACACUCAAGGAGCACUUUUCUUCCUCGGUAUCCUUUUGUCAGUGAGCAGCCUGGAAGCAGCAGGUAUUCUCCGGGAGUUAGCAAACUACCUCGAUGCUCAUAUUCCUAAUAUUGAACUGAUCGCAAGUUCCAUAGGAGUUGUAUCAGCAAUUAUAGACAAUGUCCCCCUGGUUGCAGCAACAAUGGGGAUGUAUAAUCUCACCUCAUUCCCCCAGGAUUCAGAGUUUUGGCAACUUGUUGCAUAUUGUGCUGGUACCGGUGGAUCCAUGCUAGUUAUCGGUUCUGCAGCAGGUGUUGCCUACAUGGGAAUGGAGAAGGUUGAUUUCUUCUGGUAUCUGCGGAAGGUGAGUGGUUUUGCUUUCGCCGGUUAUGCUGCUGGCAUUGCUGCCUACUUAGCUGUUAUUAACCUCCAUAUCUCCCUGCCCUCAACAAUAGCUCAGGUCCCUUCCCUUCUCGGUUCAUAAAUUGUAGCAGUUCGCGCUUUUGAUUGGAAUUUUUGCGGCUCCCUGCAUUGUAUCAAUUGCAGCAAAAGUUGCAGGGAUAUCCAAUCAUAAUGUACACCUUCAAAGAACGACGGAAAUUUUGGAGCAGGGACCAAAGUGCCUAAAAAAUAAAGGUUGAAUAGGUUUAAACUCCAACCUCAACCGUCAAGAAUGACAAGAAAUAACAUUUACGUGUAGUA